GAUGUAAACAAACAACUCUCUCCACACAGCUGUCUCCUUUAGUUGCUGCAAAAAUUAAAGGUUGUUGCAAGAAAAGGAGAAAGGGAAGGACCCUCUGCAGCUUUACUGUCUCUCUAAGCAUUCUUCUGUAAUGGCUGGUCACCUCCAUUCGCCUAGGAACAGACCAAGAACAAGGAUCGAAGAUGACUCUGGCAUUGAAGUAGACUAUAGUCUUGGUGAGAUGCUUGGAAAGGGUGCCUUUGGUGUAGUCUGGGAAGCAACUUCUGUAAACUCUAAAGAGAAAUUCGCAAUUAAAAUGGUCCACAAAGACAAACCUGGGAGUGUCUCCAUACAGCUUCUCGAGAGGGAAAUACAAGUACUCAAUCACGUUGAUCAUCCUCAUAUUAUUAAGUUGGUAGAAGUUUUCGAAACUCCAAAAAAAGUGUUCAUGGUGUUAGAGCUAUGUAGAGGAGGAGAAUUAUCCGAUAUAUUAAAAGAAAAGAAAUCAUUUAAAGAAAAUGAGGUGAAAGUCAUUAUGAAGCAGCUAGCAGAAGCUGUUGUGUACAUGCAUGAUAAAGAUAUGGUACACAGGGACCUUAAACUAGAAAAUAUAUUAUUAUCAACCUCUUGCAUUAAUGAUGCACCAUUUAAUAUAAAAGUAACUGAUUUUGGUCUGUCACAUAUGAAAGGGUUACCUGGAUGUGAUGACCUGAUGUCCAGUAGGUGUGGCACCCUAUACUACAUGGCUCCAGAAGUAUUGAACAAUAAACACGAAUACAGCAAACUGUGUGACGUUUGGAGCAUGGGUGUGAUAAUGUAUGCACUUUUAUGUGGCCGUAUGCCCUUCAAUGCAGAGACUGCCCCGCUGUUAGAGGAGCAGAUAAUGUGUGGAGCUUUAAAAUUUAAAGAGCCAGAAUGGAUCAGCAUUAGUGAUGGAGCAAAGGAGUUAGUCCGUGGCAUGUUAAACGUUAGUACUAUCAAUAGAAUGACAGCUAGACAAGUACUGGAGGAUUCGUGGAUAACAGGUGGAGCUGUUCGUAAAAGGAUCGAUCCUCUUAUGAUGCUAGCUGAUGACUCUCCUCCCCCUCAUCCUCACUCUAGCUCUCAUAAGACUUCUGAUACUUCUCCACCAACCAUAUCAAUAUCAGAUAAAGACACGCCCCCAUCAACCACAGGAGGAGGAGGAGGAGGAGGAGAUGCCAAAGGACGUCUGAAUAAAAGUCCAACUCCCGUACAAAUGAAAAGUGCUAGUCUACCUCGUUCAACAUCAGCCAAUCGAAUGCCAUUGAUGACAUCAAAGAAAACGGGUGGGGCUAUGGGUGGGGCUUCAAGUGGCCCAACCCACAAGAAGACAGUAUCGUCGUCAAUCAGUACAGGACGAUUGCAAUCUACAAGAGGAAGAGGAGGAGGAGGAGGCGGAGGUGGGGCUGGGGGCGGGGCUAACAGUAGGAAACUAAGUGCAAGAAAUUAGUUAUUACACUUUGACAAUAAUUACUGCACCCUUUAAAUGGAAUUCAUCACUUACUAUCUGUAAUAAUUAUUAUAACAUGUAUAAUAUAAAUUAAUAAUAAAUUAUUCAGUAAAAA